CGCGCAUCGUAAAUAGUUGCUGGGUGUACAGACGUACAGCGUCGUAUACGAUAUGCGCUACACGAACCCCUGUUGCGUCGGCAUCUUCUUGUGUGGGCCGCCCAUAAAAGUAGAGUUCGGGUAUCUUCUCACAUGGCCCCGUGCAGGCCGUACACAGCAUAUCACCCCAGAUCCGAGUCGAAACGAGGCUAAGCGGGGUGGACGAACGACGUAUUUACGGAGGAGGGUGGACGACCGCGUGCCUGACAAUUUGCACUCGUCUCCGCCACCACAGGCAGCGUUUCCAGAGUUCUUGGUGUUGUGGAGUGGUCGCUAGACUAGCCCGUUUCCCGGAGUCUUUCGUUGCCGCCGUCGCUCCUCAGCGUCCCACACGCCCUCCUCUGCGUCAGAGCCCUCUCUCCUGUCGAUCUUCCAGCCUUCAACUCUGCUUGCACCGAGUCUCGAACGCUGCUGCUUGACCCCUGCGCCUUCAUCGAGUGAACGAACUGCCGGCGGAACGUGUUAGCUGACGUCGGUGGCUCCUGAAGAUAGCAGGGCGCUGAUUCGCCGCUGGGCCUGAAGCAGCACGGAGCCCAGAGUCGCAUACGGACAGAGGAGAGAUUGGACGACGAGACGGGCAGAGGCAGAACCGACGACGACCGGAGGGAGACGCUGCGCCGGGAUCAUCAUCGCGAUCUGACUUCCGCGCUCGUACGGUGACGACGGGCACGCUCACGCUCCGGAGCCUGCAGGACUCUCCCCAGCGGCGCCGCACAGACUCGAUCGCCACCGGGGUCGGCCGUGCUCUCUCCACCGCCCAAGCCAGCAUCUGCAUCCCCUUUCCCCCGCGACCGCAGCGUCUUGCGCCGCGCUGGCGUCUCAGGCUCGCACCCGCCGCCCACCCCUCCCCUUCCCCCUCCUCGGCCUCUUCGCGCGGGGCCCCCGCCGCCGUUCCAACACCCUCGACCCCUGUGCGCGCGCACCCACCGUCCCGUCCGGAUCAUCCCCUCACACCUCCUCGCACUCCCCGCAACCGUCCCAGACCUCGGCGACCACUCCCUCUACCCCCGCGGCCCCCCAGCCCCCGCCUGAACCGAUGACGACCGCGCAGAUGUCCCCGCAGCAGCAGGAGCAGCGCCAGAAGCGCGAGGAGGAGCAGCGCCGCCAGCUCCAGCAGCAGUACGAGGCCUUCCAGCGGCGGCAGCAGCAGCAACAGCAGCAGCCUGGCUCGCAGGAUUCGGGUGCACCGACCAAGGCGAGCCUCAAGGCGUGGUGGAACCACUUCACGUUCGCACAGAAGAUCAGGAAGGAGACCGAGGAAAAGAAAGAGGGAGAGCAUAAUGUCUUCGGAAAGCCGCUCAAGGAGAGCCUCAAGUACGCAAGCGUGCAGAUAUCGACCGCGAACGCGAAUGGAGAGCUCUACGUGUGGGGCUAUAUACCUGUCGUCGUCGCGAAAUGCGGGCUGUAUCUGAAGGAGAAUGCGACGGAGGUAGAAGGUACCUUCCGGGUUAAUGGCUCAAACAAGCGCAUGAGGGAAUUGCAAGCCGCCUUCGAAGCCCCUCCACGAUAUGGCAAGAACCUUGACUGGAAAAAGGAGCACUAUACAACACAUGACGUCGCGAGCGUGUUUCGACGAUACCUCACUCAGAUGCCUGAACCCGUGAUACCCCAUGACAUGUACCACCUAUUCCGAGACGCUCUCGCAAAGAAGCCGUUUAGUCAAGACGAAGUAAUCGCGACGUACAAGCGUCUCAUCCGCUCGAUGCCCCGCGCAAAUCAGUACCUGCUGCUAUACGUACUCGAUCUCCUCUCAGUCUUCGCGCGGAAAUCGGACAAGAACCUUAUGACCGCGAAGAAUUUGGCGGUGAUUUUCCGUCCGGCGCUCAUCGCUCACCCAAGCCACGAGUUGAAUCCGCACGAACAUCAGCUGAGCCAGGACGUACUGGAAUUCUUGAUCGCGCACCAGGAUUGGUUCAUGCUCGACAUUCCACCACCGCCAACGACGAAGCCGACCGACAGCUCUGUGACGGUGCCGAUGGCGGAAGCUAGCGACCUUCUCUCAAGUUCUGACGAGGAACUGGGGGGUUGGAAGCUAAUCAGCAAAGUCGAUGUGCCUCAGAAGAUCGGCAGGCGGCGUACAACUACAGAACGAUCGGGAGAGAAAUCACCGACGCUGGCAGGCGAGGCAGAAAGGCUGUCGCCCGUGGUCGAAACGCCGCCAUCGCGAUCCGGCUCGAUCGUAACGGUGACGCGAAGUCGAACGCUGCCGUCGUCGAAGGGGCGCCCGACGGACGAGGAGCGGCACGCGAAGCUCGUGAAGAAGCAGAAGCGCGCGUCCGCCCAGCCCGCGCGACGCACGCCGAGUAGCGGGACGUCGACGGGUUGACCCCGCCCGCCCGCCUUUCCCGCCCCUGCCUCGCCGCGCUCCUUUUUGCUUUGCGUUGUCCGCCCCUGUUGUGUGCACUUGCCCUCCCACCCCCACGUUCUAUACCACCCUUCAUUGUGCUACCCACAGCGCCCGCCGCGCGCCCCUCCAUGUGUAUUUCCACCCCGUUCUCUCCGCAUUCGCAUUUGAUACGCCCCUUUCGUUCGCCCGUCCGCUACGCUAUUUAGGUCCCGGCGAUGUGCGGCGGCGGCUGGCUAUAUGGCGCCGGGGGAGGGCGCGCCGCCCGCUGUCGUCGCCGCCGGAUGUCGAUGCCGUUCACGAUGUUGUUACGAUACGAUACAUAUAUGCCGUUGUUGUUGUGAUAGCUGUAGUUAGCCACCUCAUUUUCGCCUCAGUCGUCGACGCCUACCCACCCCACCCAGCCCCAUUGUUGCGCGCGCGUAGCGGCGCAUUUGACGUGCACGAUA